CUCUAUAUAUACCUACGUACUGUACCUAGAUUAUCAUCACAGAAGUUUAGUAUCAACUUUAUGAAUCUAGCUAGCUCCAUUAAAAAAAAUGACUACUAAACAAGGAGAGGUUAUUCGUCCACUUGCCAACUACCAUCCAAGCCUUUGGGGAGAUCAGUUCCUACACUAUGAUGAGCAAGAGGAUGUGCAAGUGGAGGUAGAUCAAGAGAUCGAAAUUUUGAAGGAAGAAACGAGAAAAGAAAUACAGGCAAGUUUGGUUGAUCCAACAAAACAUACAAAUUUGCUGAAGCUGAUUGAUAAUAUCCAACGUCUCGGUAUAGCCUAUUAUUUCGAACACGAGAUUACGCAAGCAUUACACCAUGUUUAUAAUGUAUACGGGGAUAAAUGGAAUGGUGGUAGUACUUCCCUUUGGUUUCGGCUCCUCCGACAACAAGGCUUUUACGUUUCAUCUGAUGUUUUCAAUAUCUACAAGCUUGGGGAUGGAUCUUUCAAGGAUUCCUUAACCAACGAUACCGAAUGCAUGCUUGAGUUAUAUGAGGCGACAUAUAUGAGGGUGCAAGGCGAAAUCAUUCUAGAUGAGGCUCUUGAGUUUGCUAAAACUCAUCUUGAAAACAUUGCAAAGGAUCCCCUUCGUUGCAACAACACGCUCUCUAGAUACAUAUAUGAAGCACUAAAGCGGCCUGUACGUAAAAGGUUGCCAAGGCUAGACGCAAUACGAUACAUACCUUUCUAUGAACAACAAGAUACGCACAACAAGUCCUUACUAAGGCUUGCAAAAUUGGCGUUCAACCGACUUCAAUCCUUGCAUAAGAAGGAGCUUAGCCAACUUUCAAAAUGGUGGAAAAAGUUCGAUGCUCCAAAGAAUCUACAUUACGUAAGAGAUAGAUUGGUUGAACUCUACUUUUGGGUAUUAGGUGUCUACUUUGAACCUCAAUAUUCUCAUUGUAGAAUAUUCUUGACAAAAGUAAUUAAAAUGGCCGCAAUUCUAGACGAUACUUAUGAUAUCUAUGGUACUUACGAAGAGCUUGAGAUAUUCACCAAAGCCGUUCAAAGGUGGUCAGUUACCUGCAUUGACACACUUCCAGGUUACAUGAAAGUGAUUUAUAAAAGCCUCUUGGAUGUUUAUCAAGAAAUGAAGGAGAUCGUGGAAAAGGAUGGAAAAGCUUAUCAAGUUGACUAUGCAAAAGAGUCGAUGAUAGAUUUGAUUACAAGUUAUAUGACUGAAGCGAAAUGGUUACAUGAGGGUCACAUGACAACAUUGGAGGAGCACAAAUCAAUUACAAACGUAACUGGUGGCUAUAAAAUGCUUACAACAUCAAGCUAUGUUGGCAUGCCCGGUGAUAUAGUUACAGAAGGGUCUUUCAAAUGGGCUCUCACUAAUCCUCCACUUAUUAAAGCUUCAUCUGACGUUAGUAGAAUUAUGGAUGAUAUCGUCGGCCACAAGGAGGAGCAGCAAAGAAAUCAUAUUGCAUCGAGUGUGGAAAUAUACAUGAAAGAACAUGAUCUUACGGAAGAGGAAGCCUAUGAUUUGCUCAAACAAAGAGUUGAAGAUGCAUGGAAAGUUCUAAACCGUGAAACACUCAUCUGCAAAGACAUUCCUAUGGCUCUUAAGAUGCGUGCGAUCAACCUGGCACGCGUAAUAGAUACCCUAUACAAAAAUGAUGAUAAUCUAAAAAAUGUUGGAGAAGAAAUCCAAGGUUAUAUCAAAUCUUGUUUUGUAAAUGCAAUGAGUGUUUGAUUUUUGGUUCUUCGUGACCAAUUAUCAUGUCUCAUAAAUUUGAAAGAUGUUCGUUCGAGGCAGGGUUAUGCUACUACACUAAAUAAGACCUGAAGUCAAUUGAAGGUAUAAAAUGACUUAUUGUUAAUACGUAACGUAUUUGUGGAUUUUAAUAAUGUAUUUUGAUUCAUGUAUUUGUGGAUUUUAAUUUAUGUAUUGAAUUUUAUGUUUUUCCAAUGGAAGUAUUGUUUUCUUAUUA